UUGGGUAAGACAUACAGAACGUUCUAAGAGUGCAGCAAAAGGCAAAAACCUAUUAAGUCAUGUACUGCCCAAAGUAGUGGUAAUUUCAAUACACCGAGAAGUCAUGGCCAAUACACCAACUAGGCCUUUAGAUACGAUGAUAUAGCGAAUAGUUUGCAAUUGCGUAAGAAACGCAGCCUAGCGCCCCAUGCCACGCGAACACGCCAGCAGAACAGUUCUGCGCCGUGUUUCACUGUACUCCCUCCGCCCCUCCCCCUUUCCGUUGUGACGAGAGGCAUUCGACGCAGCGACUAACGAAUUUGUUGGCGUCCGCGUGCGAAAAAGUGGAGGGGAGAGAGGGAACUUACCCAGUCCCGCACGUUUUGUUGGCAUGCGAGGAUGCGGCGCCGAGGAUUGCGGAGAAGGCGUGACUUCUCCUCUGCAUACUGGAGUUUCUGUGUUCCCUGGGUCGCUCUGGCAUUGUCCCUAUUGCAGGGAUUUCCCUUAGCUCAUUCUUCUACCAGAAUAGAUCCUCGUGCACUGAAAGUUGUAGGAUCAACAAAUUUACCAGUCAAAGUUUAUGUCAGGCAGCAUCAUAACAGUCCACAUAUUCUGUGUUUAACAAAUCAUCUGAGAAAUUCAGAAUUGAUCGACCCAAUAUUUGAAUGGCAUGGACCAAGUGGUGAUUUGGUUACAGGAAAUGAAUCUGUGACAAUAUCCUCAACAGGAACUCUUUUAUUCCAACAUUUCAAAUCUUACAUGAGUGGAAUUUACACAUGUUCCCUAGUGUUUAAGCCUACAACUGAGCAAGAAGAAAAAAGCUAUUUAAUUAAAUACGUUAUUUACGCUUAUUCUGAUCCUAACUUUUACUAUGAGUUUACAGCACGAUAUCAUUCAGCUCCCUGCAAUAGUAUCUAUAAUACUUCUUUUGAAAAGAAGCUGCUUCAGAUACUGGCCAAGCUUGUUGUGGAGCUAGCUUGUGAGGUUUCACUACAAAAAUCUGAAUGCCAUCAUGUAAAAAUGCAAAGAGCUGGAAUGCAAAAUGAGCUAUUCUUCACUUUUAAAGUUUCUUCUCUAGAAGCAGUAAAAGGCAAAAGUAUGUGUCAGAAAAAUGUAUGUGAUGUAUCAAGAAGAUUACGAAAGUGGUUUGCAGUCCAGGAUCAUUCAGUCCUCAUGAAGGAACUCAUUGUCUUCAAUGCAACAGAAGUCUGGCAUAUGGAGCCAAACAUUGUUACUAGACUCUCAACAUAAUCCUUUUGCUAUGUUUAGUAACUUUCCUGUACUUUCAACUCUGUAAUCCAAAUAAAAGGAUUUUUCAGAAAAAGUCUAUGAAAAAUAUAUUAUGUGAUUACAUUUAUAUGAUGAAUAAUAUAUGGCAGAAGAGAAUAAGGAGAAAUUUCCUAACAGUGAUUAAUUAGUGCUAUGGCUUGCCCUCUGUAAUAGUAGGUGCUCCAUCAUUGGAAGUUUUAAGAAGAGAUUGAACAACCAUUUGUCCAAAAUGGUACAAGGUCUCCUGCUUGAGCAGGGGGUUGGAUUAGAAGACUGUUAAGGUCCCUUCAAUCUCGGUUACUCUAUUCCAUUCUAAAAAAUUGUUGCAUUCCCCUGGCAAUUUUAUAUUUCUGAACAUGCAAUUAUAUUUAAAUUUCAAGCAGGGAACCUUCCAAGUAUCUUUGGUUUUAGAAAACUCAAUACCAUAGAUAGGAAACAUGACAACAUAAUAUAUCAUCUUCAGUUUUAUAGUCUUAUGGGAUGCAAAGAGUGUUAGAUCCUG